AUGGCCUGGACGCCUCUCCUGCUCGGCCUCCUCGCUCACUGCGCAGGCUCUGUGUCCUCCUAUGAGGUGACGCAGCCGUCUGUGGUAUCAGUGCAGCCAGGACAGACGGCCAGAAUCACCUGUGGGGGAGACAACAUUGGAGGUAAAGUUGUGAACUGGUACCAGCAGAAGCCCAACCAGGCCCCGGUGCUGCUCAUCCAUAGUGAUAGGAUCCGGCCCUCAGGGAUCCCUGAGCAAUUCUCAGGCUCCAUUGGAAACACGGCCACGCUGACCAUCAGUGGGGCCCAGGCCCAGGACGAGGCGGACUAUUACUGUCAGCCUUACAGACCAACCUCCACUUUCUCUUGUGUUGUGUUCGGCGGCGGGACCCAUCUGACCGUCCUCGGUCAGCCCAAGGCCGCACCCUCGGUCGCUCUGUUCCCGCCCUCCACUGACGAGCUCAGCAACGACAAGGCCACGCUGGUGUGCCUCAUCAGUGACUUCUACCCCGGCGUCGUGACGGUGGCCUGGAAGAAAAAUGGCAGCCCCGUCACCCAGGGCGUGGAGACCACCAAGCCCUCCAAACAGAGCAACAACAAGUACGCGGCCAGCAGCUACCUGAGCGUGUCGCCCAGCACGUGGAAGUCAGCCAGCAGCUACAGCUGCCACGUCACGCACGAAGGCAGCACCGUGGAGAAGUCCGUGACCCCCUCGGAGUGUUCCUAGGACCUGAGCCCCAUGUUCGGGGCCGCUCUCCCACAAGAUCCCCCACUCCCCGGCUCCCCACCGUGGCCCUGGGACUCCUGCCCAGGGCUGCUGAGGCGGGGCAGGUCUCCCCGACUCCCCGCUUCCCAUCGUCCUCAAUAAAGUCUUGAUCAUGUA